CCGCUGCUGCUGCUGCUCCAGCACUCGUUUGUCGGCCUCUUGCUCGCCUCCUGUCUGCUUUCGCGCGGCGCUGAGAACGGUGGUGGUGGAAGAAGGGAAGGGGACAGAAUUCGACGGUCAUGGCGGGAACGGGUGUGUUCGCGGAGAUCAUCGACGGGGAAGUCUACAAGUACUAUGCCGACGGGGAGUGGAAGAAGUCCGCCUCCGGGAAGUCUGUUUCCAUCAUCAAUCCCACCACCAGGACGCCUCAGUACAAGGUCCAAGCAUGUACGCAAGAGGAGGUGAACAAAGUGAUGGAUGCUGCAAAGGCAGCACAAAAGUUGUGGGCGCGGACGCCGCUGUGGAAACGGGCGGAGUUUCUCCACAAGGCGGCUGCGAUCCUCAAAGAGCACAAGAACCCCAUAGCCGAGUGCCUUGUCAAAGAGAUCGCCAAGCCUGCAAAGGAUGCUGUCACUGAGGUGGUAAGGUCGGGGGAUCUGAUAUCAUACACCGCAGAGGAUGGAGUUAGGAUUCUCGGAGAGGGCAAGCUCCUGGUCUCGGACAGUUUUCCUGGUAAUGAGCGCAGCAAGUACUGCCUCAGUUCCAAGAUCCCUCUUGGUGUUGUGUUAGCUAUCCCUCCUUUCAACUAUCCUGUAAACUUAGCAGUCUCCAAAAUUGCCCCUGCAUUAAUUGCCGGCAAUGCCCUCGUGCUCAAGCCUCCUACUCAGGGUGCAGUGGCUGCUCUUCACAUGAUACACUGUUUUCACCUUGCUGGUUUUCCGAAAGGCCUGAUCAGCUGUGUUACUGGCAAAGGAUCUGAAAUAGGCGAUUUUCUAACGAUGCACCCUGGAGUAAAUUGUAUAAGCUUUACUGGAGGUGAUACUGGGAUUGCCAUUUCAAAGAAAGCUGGAAUGAUCCCUUUGCAGAUGGAACUUGGUGGCAAAGACGCGUGCAUCGUGCUUGAAGAUGCUGAUCUUGACUUGGUUACCGCAAAUAUAGUGAAAGGAGGUUACUCUUACAGUGGUCAAAGAUGUACAGCAGUCAAAGUAGUUCUAAUCAUGGAAUCAGUAGCUGAUGCUGUUGUAGAGAAGGUGAAAGCUAAAAUGGCAAAUCUAACUAUUGGUCCACCAGAGGAGAACUGUGACAUCACUCCAGUUGUGUCGGAGUCUUCUGCAAAUUUUAUACAAGGUUUGGUUAUGGAUGCCAAGCAGAAAGGAGCCACAUUUUGCCAGGAGUACCGGAGGGAAGGAAAUCUCAUUUGGCCAUUGCUACUCGAUCAUGUCAGACCUGAUAUGAGGAUCGCUUGGGAGGAACCGUUUGGACCUGUGCUGCCUGUGAUUAGAAUCAGCUCUGUCGAGGAAGGUAUUCAUCAUUGCAAUGCCAGCAACUUUGGCCUCCAGGGAUGUGUGUUCACAAAGGACAUCAACAAAGCGAUAAUGAUCAGUGAUGCUAUGGAGACAGGAACAGUUCAGAUAAAUUCGGCACCAGCUCGAGGACCUGACCAUUUCCCUUUCCAGGGUUUGAAAGAAAGCGGCAUUGGAUCGCAAGGCAUAACUAACAGCAUCAAUAUGAUGACAAAGAUAAAGAGCACGGUUAUUAACUUGCCAUCUCCAUCUUACACCAUCGGUUGAAAGAUCUCAUAGACUAGUUUAGAUGUUCGAUAAGCAGUGAGAAAGACUAAUAAAUCGGUUUGGGUUGAAAGAUCUUGUGGAGUAGUCCACAUGUUAAAUAAGCUUGAGAAAGUUUGUGUGUGCUGUGAAAGCUCGAUUGUGCUCGAUUCUUAGUUUUAAUCUGAGAUGAAAAAGAUUGUAG